AUGAAGAAGAAGAAUAAAAGGGCAGAAUUAAAAGCGAGAAAUGCUAGAAGAGGAGGAGGAGGAGGGAACGCGAGGGGGUUUUCAGGCCAGGCGGCCCGGCGGGGGCACGCGGCCAACGGCUCCUCGGCCAAGGUCGACGGAGCGUCGAAGGCGGGUGCCAACCAGGGAUGCCUCGAAAGCCCUCAAGUGGAGUUUGAUGAAUAUAUUGAGGACUAUUUGGAUUCACAUUUUGAAAUGGUUAUAAUGUCAAACCAUGCUGAAACCAUGAAUUCAGGUGCUGUUUCGCAAAAUGUUAAGUGUUUAUCCAUGAGCGAAGAGAAUUCUCAGAUGAGCAAUCUUUACUCAAACCUGUACAAGGAGCUGGGAAAGAUCAAGAAAUGGAAAGUAAAUGUAGAAUCCGAUUUGAAGCAGAAGGAUAAAACUUUGGUAGAAAACAGAAAUAUUAUUGGAGCACAGCGGAAAGCUAUCCAGGAGUUACAGUUUGAAAAUGAAAAAGUAAGUUUGAAAUUAGAAGAUGGAAUUCAAGAAAAUAAAGAGCUACUUAAAGAAAAUAAUGCCAUAAGACACUUGUGUAAUCUACUCAAAGAAACUUGUUCUAGAUCUACCGAGAAGACUAAGAAAUAUGAACUGGAAAGGGAAGAAACCAAACAACAAUACACGGAUAUCCACAGUAAUGUUGAGAGGAUGAUAGUAGCUUUUGAGGAUCUCCGCACGCAAGCUGAAAAUUCCAGAUUGGAAAUGCAAUUUAAGGUGAAGGAAAAUUAUGAGCAUUUUAAACAACUUGAAAAAGACUAUCAAAAAGAAGUCAAUGACAUGGAAAAGCAGGUGUCUCUGUUAUUGAGUCAAAAUGAUGAAAAAGAAGAGAAAACUAAAGAUUUACAGGCUCAGCUACAGAAAUCCAGUGAAAAGAUUAACCAGUUAGAGGAAAUAGCAAAACAGCAAAUUGAAGAUUUAAAAGAAUCAAAACUCAAACAACAGCAUUUGCUGUCAGAACUGGGAGAUGUUAAACUUUCUUUGCAAGAAAGUGAGGGUGCUAAAAAGGCUUUAGAUGAAGAAUUACAGACUGCAGUGAAAACUUUAAUUGAGUUCACUGGAGAAAAAGCAGCACAAAUAGAAGAAAUUAAGCAAGCUAAAGCUACACACUCAUUAAUUGUUGCUGAACUCGAGUGUACUAUUUGUAGUUUGAAAGAUCUGCUUUCAACAGAACAGCUAAGAUCAAAAAAUAUUGAAGAUGAAUUCCAAGUGCUUACCCUGGAGCUGCAGAAGAAAUCAGCUGAAUUAGGAGAGAUGUCUAAACAAAAAAAUGACAAAGAAAUGCAGUUGGAAACAUUGAGAAAAACAUUGGAGUUUACCCAAAAGCUUUUAGAAGAAAAGAGUCAUUUUGAGGCGAUUGCUGCAAACUUUCAAGAGACAAACAAAGAAUUGAGUAAUGUUCUCCAAAUCAGAGAGAGAGAAAUACGUGAAUUUGAAAAAGAGAUAAACCUUUUGGUUGCAAAUGAACAGAAGUUCUUAAAACAAGUUACGGAACUGACAGCAGAACUUGAAAAAGAGAAGCUAAAAAAUAAUGAGCUAACGAUGAAGUGCAACCUGCUUUCAUUAGAAAGAGAACAAAUGGCACAAGAAAAAAGUGAUACAAUCCUUGAACUCAAGAAAUUGCAAGAAGAUGUUAAGAACAACAAAAUUCAAGAAGAAAAGGUGAUGAAGCAAAUAGAGAAUCUUGAAGAAUCAAAGCAACAACUAAGGAAUGAAUUGGAAUCUUUGAAGGAAGAACUGAAAAAGAAAGAUGAAGAAAUUAGUGUCUUGGAAAAGAGGGAAGAAAAUUUGAGCCAUUUAGAGAAACAAGUUGAAACUAAAAACAAAUCUAUUGAUGAACUACAGCAUGAGCUAAGUGAAUUACGUGUAGAGCUUGAGAAUGUUAAGAAGCAGCAUGAAGAAGAAAUUAAUUGCUUCCAAAAACAAAUAGAUGAAAAAGCAGCAAAAGAAGAAAAGCUCUUGGGAGAGUUCCAAAAAGUGAAGGCAAUCGCUGAUGACGGAGCAAAAGCACAGAAAGAAACUGAUUUACGAAACCAGUAUAAGAUAUCUGAUGUCGUAGCACUUAUGGAAAAGCAUAAGCGUCAAUAUGAUAAGACUGUUGAAGAAAGGGAUAAAGAAUUAAAACUGUUCUUGAAAAAAGAAAAAGAUCUGUCAUCAGUGAAACAAACUUUGGAAACUCAGUUAGAUAAGCUCAAAAAAGAACUUAUCUCCCUGAAGACUCAGAAUAAAGAAGAAAAAAUGGAGAAAGAAAAGAUGACAAGUGAACUACAAGAAAAUGAAGUUUUGUCCAAUGAACAAAAGAAUAAGAAAAUACAGAUAUCUUCCUUGGAGGCUACUGAAACCAAUUGCCUGACGUGUGAUAAUAAGAUAGCUGCUUCCCCACCAAAUUCCCCAAAGUUCAAAUCAGCUAACUAUGGAAAGUUAGAAAAGGAAGCUGUACCUUCUCGGACAUCUAAUAACAAUGCUCGGUCUUCAUCAUCAAUGAAGACCUACGGAGUGAAGACUCCAUUGAAAGAAAAUAAAAUACAGAAAAAAUGCAAGAAUCCAAGUAUCCAAGACAGAACAAAUAAAAAGAGAAAGAGACAGUUCGAUUUUGACGUUCAUUCAGAUAGUUCAGGAUAUAAUGACCGUCUGACUCUGGUUUCGGAGGAAGACUCAUUCAAAAAACUGUACAGCGAUUAUCCACAAGCUUCUCGCCUAACUGACGUGGCUGCCCAAAAGACUUAUGCUUCUUCAUCCUUGAAAACACCUGGUUCUGCAAUGAAAUUUGGAUCGAUGAAAAAACUGAGGGAGGAUGGCUGGGCUGCAGUUUCUAAAGUGGACAGGAAGAAAAAAAGGAAGGCAAAUGAAAAGUUAUUUACUUAAAAUUAUCUUCAGAGAUUAUGACCCAUAACGUUUUUUGUUAGAUUUGUAGAAGUAUUGUUUUGGAGGUUUAUUAUAGAUUUUAUAGAAUAGAUAAAUCCAAAUGAAAAUGGAUUGCUGUUUGAUUGUAUCUUAAGGUAGGCAUAUAUUGUUUUGAAAUUUAAAAAUAAGCUUCACAUUUCUUUGUAUUUAUACCUUCUACACAUUUGCUUGCAGAUGAAUUGAAUCAUUAUUAGAGAGGUUUGAAUUAGAGCUGACUCAAAGUUCAGCUUUUGCUCUUUCAUUCUUUCAUUGUAUACAAAAUAUUAGUUUUUUCUUAAGAACAAAACUAUUUCACUAUUUUAGAAAAAAAGUUACUUUAAAUUUGUUGUACUUUAGUUUCUAGUGUUCUACCUUAGUUAUAAACUUAUACUUGUCAGUCAUUAAAUUAGUAAUUUUGAAAGUAUACUUUUUGCUAAACCAUGUCUUGUUUAAGACUAUGUAGUGUCUGUAUUAAUUUUGAGACAGUGUGGUAACUCUCCCUAUCUACUGGCUUUGUUCACUACUUUUGGUCUUUGAAAAUAAAAAUAAAUACAGCCUCCAGUUUGAAUAAAAA